UGCUGCCAGGUGGGGGGCUGCGGGCCCGGUCUGCCGGAGGGAUUUGCUCCGCCGGUGGGUGUUCCGCAGCGGUCACGGAGUUGCAGAUUGUUCAAACAUCUGGAUCUUUUCGGUUUGGUUGGCUGGAACUGCUCUUGGCUAGAAACUAUGAAGACACAUUUUGCAUAAAGCUUUUACAUGAGUGAGGCCAUGACAUCUUCAACAAACUUAGACGUUGGGGCCCAGUUAAUUGUAGAAGAAUGUGCCACAAGCUACAGCCUUUCACCCAUGCCAGACAUUAAAGUGGAGCAUCAGCUUGAAUCUAGCACAGAGGAAGGCCCAGCUCAGAGUGUUGCCAUGGGAAUGAAAUUCAUUUUGCCGAAUAGAUUUGAUAUGAACGUUUGCUCACGAUUUGUGAAAUCUCUGAACGAAGAGGACAGCAAAAACAUUCAAGACCAAGUUAACUCUGACCUUGAAGUGGCAUCCGUCUUAUUUAAAGCUGAAUGCAACAUCCACACUUCUCCUUCCCCUGGUAUCCAAGUAAGACAUGUUUAUACUCCAUCAACUACUAAGCAUUUCUCGCCAAUAAAACAGUCAACUACCCUCACUAACAAACACAGGGGAAAUGAAGUUUCUACUACACCUCUGCUUGUGAACUCUUUGUCAGUUCAUCAGCUGGCUGCUCAGGGAGAAAUGUUGUAUCUGGCCACACGUAUUGAACAAGAAAAUGUAAUCAAUCAUAAGGAUGAAGAAGGAUUUACCCCUCUGAUGUGGGCUGCAGCUCAUGGACAGAUAGCAGUGGUGGAAUUUCUUCUUCAGAAUGGUGCAGAUCCUCAGAUUUUGGGAAAAGGGCGAGAAAGUGCUCUCUCACUGGCUUGCAGUAAAGGAUACACAGAUAUUGUCAAAAUGCUGCUUGACUGUGGAGUUGAUGUUAAUGAAUAUGACUGGAAUGGAGGCACACCUCUACUAUAUGCAGUACACGGGAAUCAUGUGAAAUGCGUAAAAAUUCUCCUUGAAAGUGGUGCUGAUCCAACUAUUGAAACAGAUGCUGGCUGUAAUUCCAUGGAUUUAGCUGUAGCCUUGGGCUAUCGGAGUGUUCAACAGGUUAUUGAGUCUCAUUUACUAAGGCUACUUCAAAGUAUCAAGGAAUAAUGUUUGGCCCUUCGGCAGGUGUCAUUCUUGGCUUGGAAAUUGGAACUGCUUUUUAGCCCUGUAAUCAGUGACAAGCAUUGGCUAUUUACCUCAGCUCAUAUAUGUGUGCUGGGUUUAGUUAAGCUUUUUAAUAUUCUUCCUCUUCUGUUGUUGUUCAUAGAAAUUGGUGAUGUCAUCCUUUUCUUAAAUACACUUUAUAUAAUUUUAGAAAAGUCAGUUGUCAUGCGUGAAAAACUUUGUAAAAUAAAACCAGUUUUGACCAUCUAAAUGUUUAUACUGAGUGCAGUAGGUGGCACUGUGAUAGGUGUCCUGGUUCAUUACAUCAUUAUAUAUACACAGGAAAAAAAUUGUCUAGUUAUUGAGAUGUGUCACCACAGAGUAUAGAUGUCUUUGCUGUUAAUUACACUAAAAUGUGCACCAUGUGUGAUUGCUUUAAGAUCCCCAGUUAGUGUUACUGUGUCAGCUUUUGGCUUUGUCCUGUUUUGGAAAAGUUUGGUAAUAAACUGAAGGGCUUUGAUGACAGGAAGUCCAUUCCUACCUGAUUUCUUUCUAUCUUCCUCUGCCUUCCUGUUGUCCUGACACAACUAGGUCAGAGCAUCCUAAGUAGACAUUUCCCUGGUAUAAGGAAAUCUAACUGCAAGUGCAGAAUGCCUAGCUCCUAAAUAUCCUUGCAGUGGCUGAAAGCAGCCAUCAUCUGUAAGGGAAGAGAGGCCAGAGCCUACUGCAUUCCAGCCUUCUUCAUCCAAAGUGUAGUCCUUUGCAUCACAGAACUACAGAGUUUCUUCAGUUGCAGGGGACCUAUGAAGAUCAUUUAGUCCAACUCCCUGCUCCUCGCACCUAUAGCUAAAUCACCUAUAGCUAAGCCAUAUGAAUGUCAUUCAGACCUUGCUUGAAUUCAACAGAUUUGGUUCUGUGAUCAUUUCCCUUGGGAGUCUGUUCCAGGAGGGGCCAACCACCUUCUCAGUGAAUAACCUUUUCCUAAUGCCCAAUCUGAACUUGCCCUGAUGACGCUUCAUUCUAAUUCUGUGUGUCCUGUAUUGUUGAUCACUAAAAAGAUCGGCACCUCUUCCUCUGCUGCCUACCUUGAGGUGGUCAUAGGCUGCAAUCAUGUCACCCCUCAGCCUUCUCCAAGCAGAGCAAACCAGAUGAUCUCAGGCACACCUAAGUCUUGCCCUUAAGGCCUUUCACCGUUUUGGUUGCUCUCCUUUAGACAUAUUCUUAACAGUUUGAUGUCUGCCUUAUAUUAAGGUGCCCAAAACUGCACACAGUACUUGAGGUGGGGCCACACCAGUGCAGU